GCCUGGGCGGGGAGGGCGGGGCCAGGAAGCGGUGAGCGCGCCGGGGAGCGCAGCUGCGGGCGAGGGGGCGGCAGGAGCCGCGAAGCCGGUGCUGAGAACGGCCGAGGCCGGGGCGAGCGGCCGAGACAAAGGCGGCGGGCCAGUUGUGAGUGUGUGGAUUUUUGAGUGAAACCUGGAACCCAAAUGAGAAGAUACCAUCAAAGGACAACUUCUAUUGACAAGUGAGUCUGUGGUCAUCUGUGCAUAAUAUGGGAUGUUCUCAGCCCAGAGAUAGCUGAGUGGAUGACUGUUGACAAGGAGUGAUUACCUGUUAUAGGUCCUGAGCCAAGACAACAAUUUUUAUAUUCUUGGUGGUUCAGAAACGAGUCUCUGUAGAGCCAGAAGCAAAGAAAGGAAAGAGUCUGACUUUUUCUUCAUUAAAUUGACUGUAUAAAAUACUUCCAGGAAGAAAACCACAGAGAAAUAAUACAAUUAUUAUUCUGGCAUCAUUGGACCUUGAUCAUAUUGAGGAGUGUGCUUUGUGAAGCUUCCCAAGCUGAGAUUUGGAAACUUGAUUGGUGCUCAUUUACAUCUUGGACUGUAAGCAUGAGUGAAUUCUGGUUGUGUUUCAACUGCUGUAUUGCAGAGCAGCCUCAACCUAAAAGACGCCGGCGGAUAGACCGAAGUAUGAUCGGAGAGCCGACAAACUUUGUGCACACGGCCCAUGUGGGAUCGGGAGACCUGUUCAGUGGGAUGAACUCAGUCAGCUCCAUCCAGAACCAGAUGCAGUCCAAGGGAGGCUACGGGGGCGGGGUGUCCGCCAGCGCACAGCUGCAGCUCGUGGACACGAAGGCGGGAUAGCCCUGGUCCCUUCCCCGAGAAAUGUGGUGGCAUCUUGUUCGCCCUGUUGUGAUUAUCCAGUGAGACAUUGCUGUUCUGCCCGCAGCAGCCGGGCCCUGCGUCCCCUCCUGCCGGCACGCCUGCCUUUGGACCUGCGGACUUGUUUGGAUUGUGGCUUAAUGUUCAUCAGUAUGGAUCUGAGCUCAGCAUGAUCUUUUCUGUGAAUGCUAACACCACUUUGCAUCCUUUAUUUUCCACUUUAAACAUUUUCUUCCAACCCUUUCUGCCUUACGGUUUCUUGGUAAGCACGACCUGUUAAUAUUUGUUAAUUGGCUACCAUUUAUGUAUAUUUUGGAAGGUAUGAGACCCACAGGCACAAUGAUUUUUAUUCAUCUGGGCAGGUGGACACCUGCAUGUUCUAUGGCGCUGCCUCAUGUGGGGAGCCAGGUCACAGUUCCACAAAAAGGCAGCUUGUGGCUUGCACUCAUACAUAUGUAAAUGUUGAGUAUAUUUAUUUGGAGAGCAAGGACUUAGGAUUGUAAACACCAUCAUCUUUAAAUGGGUACCUAACAGAGGACCAGCUACUGUAACAGUCUGUUGGAAUUCUGGCCUGUAUUGCCGGCUGUAGAGUCACUGGCAUUUCUAUGAUUUGGGGGAUGGCGACGGCAUAAGUUAUCAAGAGCAACACAUCAAUCUGGCUGAACUUGGCCGUGAGGAUGAUGGGGAGAAAUCUUUGCUCAGGUUACAAAAUGUUUAUUCUUGACAAAUUUUAUGAAUUUUAGAUGUUAACAUUUCAUGCAGCAGCAAAUGAGGCUUAAUUGAAGACUUAUGAAAGAAUUAGAUACUGGAAGUAAUACUCCAUUCUGCCCCAGUUCUUUGGAAUUCACCCAGUAGUGGGGCACUAGACUGGUCCUUGAAUUUCUGCAAUUUUGAGCCUUCACUGCUGUCCAUCCCAGAGACUCUGUCAAGGGAAAACAUUUAUGCUUAUUAACCAAGAUAGUGCACCAGCAAAACCACAGCUUGCCUGUGUGAGGGCGCCUGCUGCGUGCAAGCACUUUAAUGAUGACAUCCUGGCAUUGUCAGCACUGAGGCUGUCUAGGGUACUUGUCCUGUAACCCCUAUAGCACCACCCCAGGGAGGAGCCAGGGCCCCAAUUCCCAGGGGUUGGGACCAUGUGCCAAGGAAGGUGCCAAUACACUCAGUGAAAAAAAUAGUCCAAGAUAAACACCUUGAACAAAUUUUUUUAGGGAGGCUGUGUUCCCACAUUUAUCUAUGUAAAUACAUGUACUUGAGAUAAAGGGAACCAGUGACCUUCCAAGUUUGAUUAAAUAGGAUUGACUGUUAAUACUUUGCUGAAAUACAUGCUAACAGCUGCUAAUAAGCAAGGGAAGUGGAAGGGCUGAUGCCAUAGGUGCUUUCCUGGGAUGUCAACGUGAAGUGGUGCCAGUAGCAGAGUGGAAAUGGUGACUGGGUGCGUUAAGCAGUGGGCCUUAUUUAAAGAUACUUUGUGAGUACAUUAGCUUUUACUUUGUUAUUAAAUUAUAGCAGUUUCAUUAGAGAAAAGCAAAUGACUUCUGUUCAGCACCCAGAAGAUAAAAUUGACAUAUUUUUAUAAUAUAAGCAUACUUUUUUUGUACAUUGUGUUCAUUCUUAAAUAAGGUGAGUUAAGUGUUGGCUUGUAGAUAUUAAAAAAAAGUAUUUGAUUUUGAUUCAAUAAAUGUUUCCCUUCAA